AUGCUUGACGUUGUCUCCAACAGGCUGUUCAGAUCAGGGAACUUUUGCCCCGUUUGCUUAAAAGUUUAUCGAAAUGACGAAUCGGACUUGCCCAUGGUUUGUUGUGACAUGUGUGACCGCUGGGUACACACGGGUAAGGGCGUUUUUACUCUUCAAACUUUUUUGUUACUGCGUUAUACUCUUAGAUUCACCGAAUGAAAAAUUCACAAAAAUAUUCAAAUUUCUCUUUGUUAUAUCCUAAGAAGUAAAUAGUAUUAUACAAGAAAUGAAAAUUUAAGUCCCCCCUUUUGAACAUACAUGUAAACAUGUACGAAGCCCCCUCACUGAACAUGAGCAAAAUGUUUUGAAAACAACUGUAUUUAAUGAUUAUCUGCAGAUUGCACAAUCUCAAAGAUUCGGUGGGACUAAGAUAAUGGCUGCCUUGAAGAAUGAUUUGAAUAUCCUUCACUGAGUUUUUCAGUAAUACCCUAUCAUGAAAUAAAACGAAUAACCCGUAGCAGCCUCUAUAUUUUCACCAACCCUCCCAUUUCUAACCCCCUCCUCUCUUUGGCAGGAAAAAUAAGCUCCCAGUAUUAGGGUAUUUGAAAGUACUUUUAGUCAGAAAAGCUGUCACUAAGACUUGGUUGUGCUAAAUUACAGAAAUGAAUAUCUUUAUCUAUAUUUACACAAAACAACUAUUUCGAAGUAGAAUUCUCGGGGGUGGGUAAUAGACCGCCAAGCCGGCAAAGUAUUGUAAAUCUUCGGGGGGUAUCCCUUGAGGGACGGUUACUUAUCGAGCUUAAUGACCCCAGAUUUGCUUACGAAGUGUUCUAUGCUUGCAGAUUGUGAUGGCAUCAAUGAAAAGGAAUAUGCUCAACUAGCCAAGACUAAAAGCAAGUACAGCUGCGUGUUGUGUCGAGGAGAGAGAGAAGAAAGGAUGGACUCAUUUCACAGGAAAAACAGAAGCAAGAACAGCUGA